AAUACACAGCGAACUUUCAGCGGUAGUUAAUGUAUAUACAUGAGGGUGAUUAUAUUGGAAUAAACCAAAUCAAAUUAUGUCCGGAUAGGAUAAAAAAACUUCGACAAGUUCAAAAUGAAUAAUUACCCAAUAAUUAGCAGCAUGGUGCAAGCUAUCACUGUUCUUACGGUUUUAAAAAUGAUGACAAAAGCACAAACAUCAUGUGGAUCGGGAUCGUUAAACGGAAAAUUGUUAUAUGAAAGACUACCAAACAUUCAACUUCAAGGUUUUGAUGAUGACAUUGUUAGAGAUACUUCUCCGCCUUUUAUGGUCCUCGAAAAGUGUCAGGAUUUAUGUUUGCGAGAUAGAACACCAAAUAAUAUAGUUCGAACUUGCACAUCAUUCGACUUUCAACCAGGCAGCCGAAUUGCUGUUUAUACUGGAGGUACAGAUUACGAGGAAAGUACGUGUUAUCUUACUUCCGAAUCAGCAAGACCUGAAGGUAUAGGAAUAUUAAUGAUGGUGCCAAAUAGUGUUCAUUUUACUGAAGUUUGCAUAACGUCAAGUAGGCCUGAAAGAGAAUGCCCAAAUAGAAGAUAUGUGUUUGAACGACAUCCUCGUAAAAAACUUAAACUACCUGCUCCAGAUACUAAAGAGAUCAUAGUGUCAAACAGGACAGAGUGUGAAAAUAAAUGUUUAAAUGAAUUUAGUUUUGUUUGUCGGUCCGCAACUUUUGAUUCAACUGCAAGAACUUGCAGUCUUAGUAGAUACACUAGAAGAACUCAUCCCGAAUUGCUCGUGGACGAUGCAGGUUCUGAUUAUUUAGAAAAUACCUGCUUAAGUGCUGAAAGGAGAUGUGAUGGAUUAGCAGUUUUCAUUAAAGAGGAAAACAAAAGACUUGGUGGUCCAUUUGAAGUAGAUAUGUUUACAAAUAUAACUUUAGAUGAUUGUCAAACAUUAUGCAUUAAAGCUGAGAAAUAUUUGUGUCGAUCAAUCGAAUAUGACGAAAUGACUAGACAAUGCACACUUUCAGAAGAAGACUCAAUUUCCCAAAAAGAUGAUAUUGGAGUAGCUAAUAGCGAGUCUCAUAAUUUUUAUGAUUUUGCUUGUUUAGAUAGCCCUCGAGGCUCAGAAUAUCCUGAUAAUUCAGUUACUUCUCAUUUAUUUAGUGGCAAAAAGCCUGACACAGCGUUUCAGAGAUACCGCAAUAGUCGACUAGGUGGUGAACAUCAUUCAGAGAUUUCAGGAAGGACUUUGAGUGAAUGUUUAGAUGAAUGCUUGCGACAGCCCAGUUUUCAAUGUAGAUCUGCAGAGUAUAGUGACCGAUACCGAACAUGUCGUUUAACUAGGUAUAACCAAAGAGAUGGGAUGAGAAUUAUCUACGAUGCUGAUUAUGAUUACUACGAAAACUUAAUGCUUGGAGAUAAUGAUAGUAGUCAAAGACCCAUUGAUGUCAAUAGACCUUAUGAAAAUACUCCGCCUGAACCAGGCCAUUAUGGAAAUAAACAACCUGAAUAUCCUGAUCAAGAUGUAUAUCAUCCAUUACAGCCCAACAGAUUUUUUCCACCUGGAAAUACCUACGAUGAUCCCUACCAUAAAAAAAGACCACCAUAUAAUUCUCAAGACAAUGGUGAAGGAGGUUAUUACAAUUAUCCAUAUAAUUCCAAUUCGCAACGAGGACGUCCUGGUUUGCCAUAUAAACCAGAUAAAUAUCCGAACUACUUACCAGAAAACAAUAGAUAUUAUCCACCACCAUAUCACAGUAAUAAAUAUUAUCCACCAAAUGUUUAUAAACACCGUUAUCCAUAUGAAGAUAAAUAUGGAGAUGUAUAUCCCUACAGACGGGGAAACAAGAAUGGGGAAAGAUAUGGUGACUAUGAUGGUUUAUCUAAAAAUUAUUUUCCAUAUGAUGGUUAUAGGAAUCAAUAUAAUAGAAACCCAUAUGAAAAUAGCAAUGUUAUUCGUAGUAGAUACGGCUCCCCUAAUCAUAAUUUAUAUACAGAUAGAUACUAUCCAUAUAAAGAUGAAGGACGCAGAUAUGGUCACGACAAUCAGUUUGAUGAUCAAUUCAAAAAUUUUGGAAACAGGUGGCCAUAUGUACCCGAUAAACGACCCCGUCCUGAGAAUCCAUACAUCCAACCUUUUGUAGAUCGAAGAAGACCGAUGUCACCAGGACCAGAUGGACCAAUAUAUGAUAAUAGACCUUACAGUCUUAAAUGUGAUAACGAAAAAGAUCUUUUUAAACAAAUGGGUUAUCGUCAACGAAUGAAAAAAGAUUUUGUAAGGAAAGUUUCUUUUGCAAGAUCUUUAAGAGAGUGUGAAUUGGAAUGUAUCAAUACAAGAGAAUUUGGGUGUUUAUCAUUUAAUUACAGGGAUGUCCUACCCGAAGAGAGGCAUGAAGGCUAUAACAUAAAAAGAAGCAAUUGUGAGUUAAGUGAUCGAGAUAGUAGAGAUAUGGAGCUAGAUAAUGUACCAUACCUCGACAAAAAGGAUAAUUAUAAUUACUUCGAAAGAACAGCCAAAACAGAAGAUGACUGUUUGGACGUGAGUCAGGUUUGUAAUGAAGAUGGAAUGGAAUUUACAUUAAAGACACCUGGAGGUUUUUAUGGCAAAAUUUAUACAUAUGGAAACUACGAUCGGUGCUUUUUUCGCGGAAAUGGAGGAACGUUAAAUGUACUUCGCAUAAGUGCAGCUCAAGGAUUUCCAGAAUGCGGAACCCAAAGAUAUGGAGACAUAAUGACUAACAUUGUAGUGGUUCAAUUUAGCGAUUUUGUUCAGACGAGAAAGGAUAAGAGAUUUAAUUUAACAUGUCUAUUUAAAGGUCCUGGAGAAGCAAUUGUAUCUUCGGGUUUCAUCGGUGCUGGCUCUGGUAGCCCGAUACCAAUUGAAUACUUACCUGCUGAAAAUACUCUUGGUUCAAAAGUUCGUUUAAUGAUUUUGUAUCAAGGUCGGCCUACAACAACAAUCGCUGUGGGUGAUCCCCUGACGUUCAGAUUAGAGGCUCAAGAUAACUAUGGUUCAGUGCCAGAUAUUUUUGCUACGAAUGUCAUAGCCAGAGAUCCAUAUACAGGAAGAUCAGUUCAACUUAUUGAUCGAUUUGGAUGUCCCGUAGAUAGUUAUGUCUUUCCUGAAUUAGACAAAGGUAGAAAUAGUGAUAGUCUUGAAGCUAGAUUUAAUGCUUUUAAAAUACCUGAGUCAAAUUUCCUGGUAUUUGAAGCUACCGUACGGACUUGUAGAGAAGAAUGCCAACCAGCCUACUGUCAAGUUGGAAUAGGACGCACAGAACCUUCAUUUGGCAGAAAAAGACGAGAUGUUAGUACUUUCACGGAGGAAAACAUCACUAAUCAAAUAAAUGAAAGUUUGCCGUUUAAUUCAAAUAUAUCAACAGAACUUACGAAUCAAAUAAGUAAUAGCGAUAAACUAAAACCAACAGAUUAUGUUUUACAAGAUACAUUGGACGAUAAUAAUAACAACAUAAGAAAAACCAAUGAAGACGGAGAAUUUGUACGUGAAAUGAUUGAGGUAUUUGACUCCAGAGAAGAACUUCAACAAGAGGCGCAACGUACAGAUAAUCUAGAAGAAAAGGUUUGUCUGACUACUGCAAGUUACCACGGUAUGAUAGGCACCGUAAUAUUUCUAUCAGCUGUUCUUUUAACUAUUUGCUUAUGUUGUGGAAUAUUCUACCGGCGGUAUUGGGCAAACAUAGAACAUCAUACUAUGUUAGAUAGACGUAAAUCUAUUUCUUCUUAUAAAGAGAAUAUUCGAGAACAUGGUUUGGCAAAUAUUUCAAUGAUACCAUCAAAAUUGCGAAAUCCAUUUUUAAAUUCCAUCACAAAUUUUCAUACAACUAAUCACUCAGAUGAAUUUAAUCAUGGAUUUGUAGAUACAACAUCCAAAGGACUCUUUGAAGACCCUAGUGAGCCGAUUUACACCGACCCGUCAUUAUUUGAAAGAUCUAGAAGCUUAAGAAGUAUUGCAAUUUCUGCUAAGAAAAAGAACAGAAUGGAAAAAUAAAAUAAUUUAAACAAAUUAUGAAAAUUUUAUAAAUACAUGUUCG